AUGUCCACGCGGACGUACUGCGUCAUCCCACAUGAGGCGCGCCAAGACACCUCCUUCUUCCAGGGCGUAUUCGAGGAUGGGGUUCGGGUGCUCUACCGCGGCCGCCUACAGUCACUCGUCUUCUCUCACGUGCUGAGCCCUGCUCAUGAUUACGUGAAGCACAUCAAUGGCCCGCUUCUAGCUACGCUGCGCGAAGGUGGGAAUGCCACUCUCGUCCUUGCGACGCCGAACUCCGACGAUGUGGCACUGCCCCCUGAGCCGAUGGCGUCGGGUGUGAAUGGCACCGCAUCGCGGGCCCAGGCUGAUGCACGAACGCCUGUCUCACACGUACCGUCAUCAUCAACGUCGUCUCAGAGGCCCAACGCGGGGUUAGCGGAGGCCACAGCAGUGGCGAUGGAGCUAUACGCGCAUCUCUUUCCCUUGCUCUUUCGGAAUCUCGAGGGCUGCUCAGCAGCCCGGCUCUCUGUGGUGACGGUUUCCGCGUCGGAGCGGGUGUUGCUGGACAGCCUCCGCGAAGAUCGUCGCAUCCGCACCCUGGAGGAAGCGCACAAGGUGACCGUGACGCGCAGCACCUCGGCAACGGAGUGGGGCACGAUCUUGCAGCUCCUCGAGGACCGCCACGUCGCGCUGGAGGAGUCUCCGACAUCGCUCGAGGGGCAGACGGCCUGUGUGGUGACGGUGGAGCUGCAGGGCUAUGGCCGACUGGUUGUUGUCGACGCGGCCAGCGCGCAGGAGCUGCUGCAGCAACUCACGCUCAUUCUCCAUAUGCGGGCAGACGGUGGCGCUCGCACCUACCCUACACGCACUCCCCUCCGAGACCUUUUAGAAAAGAGUGUGGCACCGCAGGCAACGGUGCAGGUGCUUUGUGUGCCAGCACCGCAAUAUACGGUGCGACAAACGAUGCGCGUUCUUCACUUUGCUGCCACAGUCGAGGUGGCGCAGAGCAGCGGGGCUGCUGCUGCUGCUGCUGCUGCUGCGACGGAUGCAUCUGUGCCAACGGUAUCUUACUCUAGGCCGCCGCGCAGGCGAGCGGCGUCAUUGUCGUCCGCACCGUCGAAGCUCUUCUCGAGACCAGCAGCGUCACCGACUCCUUCGGCCGUGGGGGCGAGCCCCUCCCACGACAACGUCGCCGACUCCAGCCCGCGGCGUGUUGGGGCCCCGGCUGCCGUGCGUCCAGAUGUAGAAGAAACAUGCAGGAGCGGCAGCAGCUGUAGUACCACUAGUGGCUUUCGAGAGCGGACGCCGGCUCAGUUGCCGGUGACGAGCGUGCAGCUCGAUCGAGACCGUCAGCGAGCGCGAGAGCAGCACCUACUCAAUCGCCUUGUGUUUAUCGAAGAGCAGCUGCGAAGCUCGGAGGAGCAAUGCCGUCGCGCACAGGCUGCCCGUGAUCAAACACUCCAAGAGCGCAACGAUUUGGAGCGCGAGCUUCGCGGCAAGACAGGCCUCUGGACAGACCUGCAGCGUGCCCAUCAAGCGACCAAGAAGGAGAACGCCGACUAUGCGCAACUGGUCGAGCGGCUCAUGCGGCAGGUCCGUACGCUGGAGCGGGAGGCAACGCGGCAGAAGCGGCAGGACGCCGCGGUGGUGAAGCAGUUGCGGCAAGCAGAGACGGAGAAGGAAGAGCUGACGAUGCAGCUGACGCAACUUCGCAGAGAGGUGAUGCUCUUCCGAAAGGAUGCCACCCGACGCGCACGGGAGGCGACGCUCUCGCGUAUCUUGCCGAGCGAGGCGUCCGUGCCGGUGCCUCUAGCUGCAGCGCAGCGGCAGCCUUCGCGGUCCCGACACGCGCGCCAGCCGGGACCUCCAUCAGUCUCUUUCACGUCCACGAGUGGUGUGGGACGCCACUCCCCUCGUGCGCGGCGCAUCGAUGAGCGCAUCACGGAUAUGGAAGGCUCGUUAGACAGCAAGAACGGUGAUGCCCCCUCCCUCGCACCGGAGCAGCAAGCCCGCUUAGUGGCGAUCACAGUGGACGAGCUCCGCUGGCGGAACCGCCACCUGACUCAGGAGGUGGAUCGACUGCAGGAGCGCCUGCUGGCGGCUCUCACAGCAACAGAGAAGCGAGAAACAACUGAGAGUGCUGCAACUGGAUCAAUGCCCGAUCAUCGCCGCGAUGGAGGUUGCCCCAUGUGCGAUGCCAUGCAGGAGCGUGUAGAGCAGUUUCAAGCGGAGCUGGCUCAUGUUGGCGAGGAAAAAGAUGCGUUGCUGCGCCUCAUGACUAAGCCUCCUGCCUCCCUCCGGCCUCGCGACACAAAGCCCACCAUUGCUGCGAACCUGCCGCGGAGCUGUGGUAGCACGCCGCGCUCACAUUCACGGUCUUCCGAGACGAGGCGUGGAGGUGGGGAAGACGAUGGUGACGCCGCGGGUAUUCGCAGCGCGUCCCAGCCGGCGAAGGCGAGCCCCACAGACUGCACUCAGCGCGUCGCUGCUUCUCUACUCGCCGGCUGUGCAUCUCUGGAUGCCCAGCUUACGUGCGCACAGAUGGCGCUGUUACGUAGGCUGCACGGUGGCGCCUCCGCGAGCGCGCCGGCCAACAAUGAGCUGCUUGACCCUCUUUCACAGCUCUCGCCCCUCAUUCUUCAAGAACACAAAGAGGCUGUGGCUGCCCUUGCAGACUCGCUGCGGCACAUUGCCGAGAAGCCGGCUUCUCGCGCGGCCGCCACGGGCUCCGCCGCCUUUCCCGCACCUGCGCGUGACGCUUCAACAAUGACGCCGGCGUUGUUGCCACCCGUCCCCCGCUGCGCCUCCGCGGCGGACGCCGACACGCUGACGAGCUACCUUUCCUUUGAGGUGGAGCGUUGCCAGCACCUGCGUGCCUUUAUCCCGACCUUUGGGCAGCUGGCGGUUGCGACGGAGCACCUCGCCAUGCGUCUUGAGGCGACCGACGCCAACUUGAGCUGA